CAUUGAGCUUUUUGCGUUAGUUUUUCCGUUGCAAAAAUCAUCGCUACAGGAAUUUUUUUUGGAACAAUUAAUCAAAGCAGUCAGGCAUCCUAAAUUAGAAAAAAGCCCUGGAAGAAAAAUGGCUGUUCAGGUUAACAUGGUUGUAUGCUUGUUAGCUAUAUUUAAGAAUAUUAUGAAUGUUUCUGGGAAAAGGGUAGAAAACUCUGUUCCAGCUUUAGCGGAUAGGAGGGUUAGCGCCUUGACCAUGGAACUACUGCAGGAAGCCAUAGUUCAUCCUGACACGUAUUUGCGACAUGCCGCUAGUGAAGCACUGGGACGUCUGUUGAGUAUUGUUGGAGGAAAUAUGGUACCAACUCAAAUGCAACUUCUUGUUGACCAAGUCGUCAAUAAUAGAGAUCCUGAUACAAGGGCUGGGAGUGUGUUAGCACUGGGAGCGAUUUACAGUCAUGUUGGUGGUCUAGCUGCAAGCGGUCAUCUCAAAACUUUAGUUGGUAUUUUAUUAUCGCUGAGCAAUGACCCACAUCCUGUUGUCCAUUUUUGGGCACUUUACGCUCUGGCAAAAAUUAUAGAAUCAGCUGGUCCAAUGUUUUCGCAAUACGUGAGUAGCACGCUAGGCAUGAUUGCUAAACUUUAUAUGGCUGACACUCAUGAACCGGGCAGUGGAUCCACAAAUGUUGGUCUAGGUUUAUCAGCAUAUCAACAAUUUGGUAAAAUCAUAUAUGGAUUGAUAGGAACUUUGGGUCCAGAGCUACAAACAAAUUCAAAAGUACGAGAUUUAUGUCUUAAUCUCAUGGUCGAACUUAGAAACGAUGAAGAUCAGUUGGUUGUGGUUGAAGCAAUUCGCUGUCUACAACAUUUUAUUAUGUUUGCUCAACAAUAUGUGGAUUUACCUCGAUUGGUUGCAUUUUUACAAUAUCAAUUUUCAAGCACAAAUCUCCCAUUAAAAGAAGCAGCGAUCACAUGUCUCUAUCAGCUGGUACAACGCGAUGCAAAAAAUGUGUUUGAAAUUGCAGUUCCUGGACUGGACAAUCAACUUUUUUCAUUACUUGACACUGAUCCUACA